GUCGUCUCUCGCUCUCUCUCCUUUUUUCGAUCCCGCAAGCUGUUUCAUUUGGGAAGCCAUGGCAGACAAUCGCAUCGCCGGAAGCUUACCCACUUCCUCUAAAUGGAGUUUUCUUCCCAAAUCCGUAUCCUCACACUUGAAACCAAGCUCAAACCCUAGAUCUUCAAAACCCGACAUCGAAAACGCUCCUCCUCAAGAUCCAAACAUCCAUAAUCCGAUAAAUCAAUCUGUUUCUAAAUCACCGGCUCUCAGGAAUCAAAUGGAUUCACCCAAUCGCAGAGGUGAAGUGUCAGCUUCUCGGCGAAGGGCAAUAUCGGCAGUGAAAACUCACAAUGAAGUAGAAGAAGAAGCCUCGAAUCCACAUGUAAAGGUUGUGGUGAGGAUUAAACCUACAAAGGAGUAUUGCUGGAAAGUGAAAAAAGUUUCCAAAGAUUCAUAUUCUGUUAGAGAUCGCCAAUUUACAUUUGAUUCCGUUCUCGACUCUAAUCUAAAUCAGGACGAUGUAUUUCAGCAAAUAGGUGUUCCUUUGGUUAGGGAUGCUUUAUCAGGUUACAACACUAGUGUGCUAUCAUAUGGACAGAAUGGAAGUGGGAAGACCUACACUAUGUGGGGUCCUGCAGGUUCAAUGCUUGAGGAUCCAUCUCCUAAAGGCGAGCAAGGACUCGCGCCUCGAAUCUUUCAAAUGCUGUUUUCUGAAAUCCAGAGAGAGAAGAUGAAGUCUGGAGGAAAAGAUUUAAACUAUCAGUGCCGUUGUUCUUUUCUUGAGAUAUACAAUGGACAAAUUAGUGAUUUGAUCGAUCAAACCCAGAGAAACCUUAAGAUUAAGGAUGAUGCAAAGAAUGGUAUUUAUGUCGAGAACUUGACUGAGGAAUACGUUGAUAGCUACGAAGAUGUGGCUCAGAUACUGAUGAAGGGCCUUUCAAGCAGAAAAGUUGGAGCAACUAGCACAAGUUUUCAAAGUUCUCGAUCACACGUCAUACUUUCUUUCAUUGUUGAGUCUUGGAAUAAGGGAGCCUCAUCAAGAUGUUUCAAUACUACCAGAACAAGCAGGAUCAACCUUGUUGAUCUUGCUGGAGCGGGAUCAAAUGAACGUGAUGCUACUAAACAUUGUGUGGAGGAAGAGAAGUUCUUGAAGAAGUCUCUGUCAGAGCUCGGAGACACAAAAAGGACAAUGAGCACCCUGAGAUUUGGUGAACGGGCUAAAGCCUUGGGAAACAAACCAAUGAUAAAUGAGAUCUCAGAAGAAGAUGUGAAUGAUUUGAGUGACCAGAUUCGUCUGCUAAAGGAAGAACUUACAAGAGCCAAAGCCGAUGCGUGUCAUUCUGUUGGGAGUAAAAAUGAUUAUUUCGGAGCAAAGAAUGCACGUGAAAGUUUGAAUCAACUAAGAGUUAGUCUUAACCGCUCUUUGAUGCUGCCAAAAAUUAUUAAUGACGAGGAAGAGAUAACAGUUGAUGAGGAUGAUUUUAAGGAACUGCAUCAGCAGAUCAAGUCCUUGCGUGGUUCAUUCAACCAGAAACUAAAGAAGCUCCCUGUCAACAGAGAGUCAGUCAGCUCUUCCUUUGUAACAGCAUUCGGUGAAUCAGAGCUAAUGGAUGAUGAUGAGAUUUUUUCAGAAGCAGUAGAAGUUGAGGAGAAAGAUUUUGGUGAAUCUUUGGAAGAACAUGACGACGACAGUGCUGCAACAAUAUAUAAAUCAAGUGUAAAAUCCAGGAUAAAGGAAUUUGCAUCGGAAAACAGCAUAUCAAUCAAUCCCUGCCGUCAAUCCAUUAACUUGCAAGAACCAAUCCAGUCAGAGUCUCCUAAAUUCAGAGACUCUUUAAGGAAGAGCAUAGCUCUUUCUUCAUCAUGUCUCAGGAAUCAGAAUAGCCUGGCGCAGAGCAUAAAAUCCACGUGUCUUGCCGAGAGCCAACAUAUCAGAUCAUCUUUACGCGGAAGCAAGAUAUUCACAGGUUCUACAGAAUCUCUAGCUGCAAGUCUGCGCAGAGGCUUGGAUAUCAUUGACAAUCCGCUGAACCUGGCAUCAAACCGAUGCUCAGUUUCUUUGUCUUCUGAUAACUUGACCAUGCAACCUUCAACAGAGAUACUGCUGGAUGAUAAAUCUUUAACAGAUGAUCGACUACCUCUGUCGCCACUCUGUCCUUCCUGCAGAAUUUGCAGCUCUAAAAUAUCAAGUUUAGUUGAGAGAGAUGGAUAUCAUCAUAUGGAAGGGGUUAUUGAGAAGCAGCAGGAGCUUGAAAAGUUGUGCACAGAGCAAGCAGCCAAGAUUGAACAGCUAACACACCUGGUAGAGCAACACAAACUUCCAACUGAGAAUGAAAGAAAAGAACUCGUGGGAGCAAGUAAUGAAGAACGACUUCCUUCUGCCAAUGAAAACCAGCUUUUAAGCUGUAAUGAUGUUGUUGAGCGUGACCAAGCAGAAGUCAUAACUGAAAAAUAUGAAGUUAAACAAAUCCCAGAUGACGGCUCUAAAAAUACAAACUUUGAUAUUGGCGAGAAGGAGGCAUUACUCAAAGAAAUUGAAGAUCUGAAAAGAAGAUUGCAGACCCCUGUAACCAUGUCUAGCAAUGAACUGAGAUCAUCUCUGUUGGCUCGUUCGUUUCAACUCCGUAACAAGAAUGCUGAAAAGGAUAUCGAGGAAGAAAGAUUUAGGUGCACAGAAAUGGAAAGCGAGUGGAUAUCAUUGACCGACGAACUUAGAGUUGAGAUUGAAACUCAACGUACUCGCGCAGAGAAAGCUGAAGCACAGCUUAAACAAGAGAAACUAUCUUCUGAGGAGUUAGAAGAUGCACUUCGAAGAGCUGUUCUUGAGUUGAAGAAGGCAGUAGCAAAGGCUGGUAAAAAGGGUUGCGGUUCUCGUUUCGCUAAAUCACUUGCUACUGAGCUCUCAGCACUUAGAGUAGAAAGGGAAAGAGAAAGAGAUCUCUUGAGGAAGGAAAACGUAAGCCUCAAGAUUCAACUAAGGAAUACUGCUGAAGCUGUUCAUACUGCUGGAGAAGUUCUUGUUAGACUCAGAGAAGCCGAACAAUCAGCAUCAGCUGCUGAGGAAAAGUUCAAUGAAGUAGAAGAAGAAAACGAGAAGCUAAAGAAGAAAAUGGAAAAGCUGAAGAGGAGACACAAGUUGGAAGUGACAUGUGUGUUUGGUGUGAAUAUUGGACUCAAGGGUUAUCAAAAGAUGUUGAAUAAAAUAUAUGCGGGCAUUGAAGGUUUAAAGCUCGAUGUGUCAAACUGGUUGGUGUAUUUACGGGGCGAAAUUGAUCCUAUAAUCUUCAUCAAGAAGCUAUAUAAAGCGAGAAGUUACAUUGAGCUCUUCCGAAUAGAUUAUGGAUAUGAAGAGAAUCCAGAAGGAACCCGGAGACCAAGUUCUCACUUCAUGAGAUGUUGCUUUGAACUAAACACCUCAGAUAUAAGUUGGUAUAAGAGAAUCAUAGGAGCUUUGAAGACCAUCCAAGGUGUAUCAUUUACCAUAGAUGCACAACCGGUUAUGGGAUAUCCGAUGGCAUAUGUAUGUGGAAAUAUAGAAAUUGGAGUGCUCAUGAAGAUGCUUGUGAAGACAGGCAUUGAACUAUCAGCAAUGGAAUAUGGAGUCGAAUAUAAAGAUGCAAACUUGAACCCACCUCCUCCCAAGAAACCUGAGGCUCCUUCAAACGGAACUGAGACACAGCCCGUCAAAGACACCGCGCCUCCUCUUCCUGAGGUUGUUAGUACAUCAGCGAAACACCAAGUCAUAUACAAGAAGCCUGGCGGUUUAAGAAGGAUCAAACCAAAGCCAAAGAUGGAAAAUCGGGAAGCUUAUGUUUACAUUCUCAUCUCCAUCUUCCUCUCUCUCCAAUUCUUGUUUUGGAGAUUCCGGCCACGUUACAAUGAAGUUACGUCUGUGUUGACCUGCCAUCUGACUUCAGCCGCAAGCUAUGAUUUUGAGUUCAUGUCGUAUAUGGUCAAUAAGGCUAAGUCCGUCAAUAAAGCACUAGAAAAGGCCGUUCCUCUCCGCGAGCCAGUAGGCCCAGUACUCAAGAUCCGUGAGGCCAUGAGGUACACGCUUCUCUCCGAUGGGAAACGCGUAAGACCAAUGCUUUGCUUAGCUGCAUGCGAGCUCGUGGGAGGACAAGAGUCAACCGCAAUGUCAGCUGCGUGUGGGAUUGAGAUGCUCCACGCGUCGUCUCUCAUCCUAGACGACCUCCCUUGUAUGGACAACGACAUCCUCCGCCGUGGAAAACCCACUAACCAUAUAGUCUUUGGCGAGGAUAUAGCCAUAUUAGCUUCUCAUGCGCUCAUAACUUUGGCUGUCCAAAAGGCCGGGACAUCCACCUUUGCGAACGUUCCUCCAGAGAGGGUUCUCAAGACCGUUGAGGAGAUGGUUAAAGCAAUGGAAGGGCUUGUUGCAGGUCAAGAGGCGGAUUUGGCAGGAGAAGGUAUGAGCUUUGAUAGUGACACUGGAUUAGAGCAUCUUGAGUUUAUACAUAUUCAUAAAACGGCGGCGUUGCUUGAAGCCGCAGCUGUUACGGGAGCUAUAAUGGGAGGUGGGUCAGAUGAAGAGAUUGAGAAACUUCGGAGUUACGCAAGAUGUAUUGGGUUAAUGUUUCAGGUUGUGGACGAUGUGCUUGAUGUGACCAAGUCGUCAGAAGAGUUGGGGAAAACUGCAGGUAAAGAUUUGAUCGCCGGAAAGCUGACGUAUCCGAGACUGAUGGGAGUGGAGAAAUCGAAAGAAUAUGCAGAGAGAUUGAACAGAGAAGCGCGGGAACAUCUUCUAGGGUUUGAUAUAGACAAGGUGGCUCCUUUGUUGUCUCUCGCUGAUUACAUUGUCAACAGACAAAAGUGACACUAUUUCUCAAAAGCUUAAUAACAAAAAACAUUUUAAUUAGCCAAAUUUGCAUUAGGCUUUUGAAAAUGUAUAACCUCGUGUUGGCUGUACACAUUAUUGUAACAGAGAAACAUAAGCUUACAAAUAAGAUGUUGAAAUUCCU